AUGUCGAGCGUUGUUAAUAGAGUUUUAUCAGACGUGGGCUGGGACGAGCGCUUUGCUAUCCCCGAGCCCAACGCUGAAAACAAGGCGUUGACAGAAGAGAUUCGUAAAAAAGAGAACGAGCUGAUGCAACUGGAAAACAAGCGUGAGAGAAACAAGGAUCAAAAGCAGCUAAUAAUCGAAUUUGUGAAAAAUGCUAAACAAGAGCUGGAAAAUAGUGAGGCUCUGUUCAAAGCAAAAGAAAGAGAAGAAGAGUUGGAGAAACACCUCACUGCCCUCGCAGAAAGAGAGACAGGUCACCUGGCUCAGGAGACUGUUAAGAUGGAGAGUGACCAAAGAACUUUAGCAGAGAGGAGGAACAUGCUAGAGAACCAUAUCUUCAAGGCCAAACAGAAGCUAGAGGAGUUUAGGAGCCAGAUGGACUGGGACCAGCAGACCUUGGAUGCCUUUUUAGAGGAGUCUGCACGCAAAGAUGAGGACACAAUGGCCAUCAUCAAGUAUGCCCAGCAAGAUGAGCAGCGGAUCAAGUCACUCACUCUGGCUAUAGAGAAGAAGACACUGGAGGCUAAUGAAAAGCGCAACGCAUUUGACAAAGAAAUGACUGAGAGUGUAUCUACACAGAUUGCUUUGGAUAAAACUACAGAAAAUUUGCAGCAGGUCUACUUGGAGACACAGCAUCUCGUCCAGCAGUGGGAAAACACCAUCAAGCAGAUGAAGCAGCGAGACACUGAGAUGCAGCAGUGUGCUCUGCAACUUGCCCAAGCCAACCAGAACAUCAGGGAAAGGAACGCCGCCAUUAUAGAGAGGAAGCGCUUGCUGGAAACUCAGAGGAACAACAACAAGGAAGCUGAGAGGAACUUAAUCACGGCCAACCGGCAGGCUGUAAAGCUGCGGCAGGAUUUGAAGGAGCAGGAGAAUAACUGCAGCAGGCUGAAGGAUGAGCUGAAAAGUUGCAAAGGCAAACUAGACGGAACAACCUCAGAUGUGGAGUCUGUGACAUCCCAAAUAUCCAGAAUGAAGAAAGACAUCCAGGAUAAUGAUGACAAACUCAAGCAGGCCAGAGCUUACAAUGUUGCACUUGAAGAGAAGCUGAAAGCUGUGACUCAGAGCACCCUAAGUGAGGAGGAGAGAGCUGCACCGCUGGAGCAACUACUCAAGGAUGAGGAACAGGCAGCCAAGGAGUUGGAUGUUCAGCUGUGUGACUGCAGGGAGGCGCUUUUGCGUAGUAAAGAGCAUUUGCAGGCCCUCAGGACAAAGGAGAAGGAUUCUAUUGCCCAGGUUUCGAGGGGCAAAUCCACCAUCACCCGCCUGGAGAGCCAGCUCAGAAAAGGAGAGGAGGACUUAAAAAGACAGCAAUUGAUCACAAAUAAACAGGAUGCCGAGAUAAUUUGCCUGGACAGAAAACUGUCACGGCUGCAAGGUGACAUUAAUUCCAAUGAAAAACAAAUGCUCGACAUAAAGAUUGCUGAGCUGACCACAGCCUUUGAAGAGAAAAAGGAGACGGCCAACAUGCUUAAGGCGCUCAAGGAGUCUGAAGAUCAUAUUUGCUAUUUGAGGAGAGAGAUGGAGAAGUCAGCUCAAAAGAGAGAUCUGACAAAUAAGGUAGAGGAGCUCAUGCUUCUCCGUAACACCAGUGAAAAGGAGUUGAAGAGACUCAGGCUCAAGAAACAGGACAACAUGGUGGAGUACAAAGUCUUGCAGACAGAGGUCGACCGUGUGAGGAAUCUGCUGUACAACAGGGCGGAUAGCGUGCUGUCCCUGGAGAAGAGGAAGCUGGAGCUGCAGGAGGCCAUGAGGGACAGGGAGGAAGAGGUCAAGGUCUACAGGAAAAUGCUCAGUCAGCAGCUUAAGAUCAGUGAGCAGGAGAGACAGAGACUCAGUGCUGAACUGAAUGAGAAACUUAUCAAGGUCGACACCAUGAAAAAAUGCUUCGAGAUCGUUUUAUUUUCAAUGGCAGCUCCUGAAGGAGAAGAGGAGAAAUCACAGGCUUACUACAUCACAAAGGCUGCACAAGAGAAAGAGGAGCUUAAGCGAAAGGGAGACGAUCUGGAUACUAAAAUCCGGAAGAUGGAGUUGGAAAAUAGAGCUCUGGAGAACACCAUUCAGUUGUUCGACAACAGUAACUCAGCAUUUCGCACAUCCCUCAACAAAGUAACUGAAUCCAGUCCAGAGCACCAGGAUAAACUGAAGCUAGAAGAGCGAUUGAAGACAGCUGAAGAGAUGCUGAAGUAUAAAAAAAGACAAGUCCAAGAGCUUCAACAGGAUUUACAGGACAUGAACAACACCUUUGAGAGUCUGCUGCAAGAGGAGCGGGUGGAGAAAGAUAAGAUAGAGCACAAACAGUCACUCAUCAGUAAACUGAACAAAGAAAUCACUUCCCAGCAGGAAAAGGUCGACAGAGCCACAAAACAGUGCUCAAAGCUGACCAAAGAGAUCCGCUCAGCAGGAAACACCAAAACUGAGACUUUUGAGGAGAAGGACAUUAAGCUGAGAGAGUGGAAAGAAUUCAUUAAGAGCAUCAACAAGAUGGUGAAUGAGGCCAUGGAGGACAAACCUGACCUCAGAUCAGUAAUGGAGAAGUACUUUCUGCAGGCCAAUCUGUCUCUUCCAUCUCCGUCUUCAACUCCUUCCAGCCAUCGUAGCUCCAAGACAAGCUCUGCCUGCAGCUCUGCCUCCCUCAGGUCGUCUGCAUCCUCAGCCAGCAGCAGCCCCAGGACCUCCACACUGUCUCUGUCUCCUGUCCUAAAGACUCAGGAACUGGGCUUGGAUCUGACCGUGACCUCCCCUCCUCUCACCACCUCCAGACGCUCCGGCUCUGUGAGCAGCAGCAGCAGCGGCGGCAGCAGAAAGUCAAAGAACAAAUAGCGAUGGGCGAUUUAUCAUCAUUCUUUAUUUACUGAUGUGGGUAAAGAAGUAGAGAAGGAGGAUUAUAGUUAAUUAUAGUUGUAAUUAGUGAUGUUCAAUUCUGAAAUGUGUUUUAAAAGUUGUAAAAAGAAGGUCAGGAGUUGUGGUGUCAUACUGUAUUUUAAUGCUUUAAAAAGGCUGUUAUUGAGAGCCAAUGAUAUCAUCAUGGGGGGAAAUGGAAGGUGGGCACUAUGCCUCCGUAACGACACUGUCCUGACAUCUGCUGUGUGAGCAUUGUGCAGAGUAACAACGAUGAGCUCGCCAGUCGGAUACAAAUACACAGACUAUCAUACACAAACAUGCUAUUUGCCGGCUGCCAAAAUAGCAAACAGAUAAGCUCAGAUUACAGCACACACACACAGAGCAUGGCUCAAUUUUCAGCUCAGGAUGCUAUUAAUUCUACUUUAUCUUUACACAACAAAUUGUUGUUUGCUGCUGUAUUAGUGAUCUGAAUAUUGCAUACAGAACCUUUAAAUCUGUUAGUUGUAGUGUUUAUUCCUCUCACUUUGUAGUUAUUAUAUAUAUUGUGGUCUAAAGGAAAACUUGAAUCACACAAAUAAAACACCAGAUGUACCCAAUUUGUGUAGGCAGACUUUAGUUUGACAAAAAUCUGUGAACUUUUACUUUUAAUAUAAAAACAGA